GGUGAUGGUGAUGCUGCUGCUGCUGCUCCUGCGGGUCGCCACGACACCGUUAAGGGCGGAGGAGGAGGAGGCAAAGCGUCUACCGUAGUGGCCACCGUGACGGUAGAGGCUUGUAAUGCUGCCGAAGGCGACGGCAAUCCUUCAGCACCGCUUUCCAGCAUGAAAUGCAACAAGAACGGGGAGUGCAGGAGGGACUCCGGCACCGGGAGCCUCCGCUCCAUCAUGUCCAAGCCGGACGGGAGCAAGCGCGCAGCCUGCAAUUCAACGACCAGCGUGGACGCGACCAGCACGCAGGGGCAGGACGCGUCGAACCCCGGGGUCCCGGAGAAGAAGGAUUCCAAAGUGUCCUUUUCCAACGCCCCCAGCAGGAAAGCCUCGUCCUCCAUCCACGGCGCGCAGCAGCAGCCCCGCAACUCGGUGACGUUCCUCAAAUCCGAGGAUGGAGCUCAGGAGGACGCCGAGACCCGGGGCAGCCAGGCGAGCUUCAUGCAACGGCAGUUCAGCAGCAUGUUGCAGCCCGGGGUCAAUAAAUUCUCCCUGCGCAUGUACGGGAGCCAGAAGGCGGUGGAGAAGGAGCAGGAGCGCGUCAAAUCGGCGGGCAACUGGAUCAUUCACCCCUACAGCGACUUCAGGUUCUACUGGGAUUUCACCAUGCUUCUCUUCAUGGUGGGCAACCUGAUCAUUAUUCCCGUCGGCAUCACCUUCUUCAAAGACGAGACGACCACGCCGUGGAUCAUCUUUAACGUGGUCUCCGACACCUUCUUCCUCAUGGACCUUGUGCUCAACUUCCGCACGGGCAUCAUUAUCGAAGACAAUUCCGACAUCAUCCUGGACCCCAAGACCAUCAAGAAGAAGUACCUGAGGACCUGGUUUAUUGUGGACUUUGUCUCGUCCAUUCCAGUGGAUUAUAUCUUCCUGAUCGUGGAGAAGGGCAUAGACUCGGAGGUGUAUAAGACGGCACGAGCCCUGAGGAUUGUGCGUUUCACUAAAAUCCUGAGCUUGCUGAGGCUGCUGCGUCUCUCUCGGCUUAUCCGCUAUAUUCACCAGUGGGAAGAGAUCUUCCAUAUGACGUAUGACCUGGCGAGCGCAGUGAUGCGGAUUUUUAACUUGAUAGCGAUGAUGCUGUUGCUGUGCCACUGGGACGGAUGCCUGCAGUUUCUGGUGCCCAUGCUUCAAGACUUCCCCUCCGACUGCUGGGUCUCCCUCAACAAGAUGGUGAACGACACGUGGAGUGAGCUGUACUCAUUUGCCGUGUUUAAAGCCAUGAGUCACAUGUUGUGCAUAGGUUACGGUCGUCAAGCUCCAGAGAGUCUCUCUGAUAUCUGGUUGACGAUGCUCAGCAUGAUCGUCGGUGCCACCUGCUACGCCGUCUUCAUCGGACAUGCCACGGCUCUCAUCCAAUCACUGGACUCCUCACGACGCCAGUACCAGGAAAAGUACAAACAAGUGGAGCAGUACAUGUCCUUCCACAAACUUCCGGCUGAUUUCCGACAGAAAAUCCACGAUUACUAUGAGCACCGUUACCAGGGCAAGAUGUUUGAUGAAGAAAGCAUCCUAGAGGAGCUGAACGAGCCGCUCAGAGAGGAAAUCGUGAACUUCAACUGCCGUAAGCUGGUGGCCUCCAUGCCCCUGUUCGCCAACGCCGAGCCCAACUUUGUGACGGCCAUGCUGACGAAGCUGCGUUUCGAGGUCUUCCAACCCGGCGAUUACAUCAUCCGUGAGGGAACCAUCGGCAAGAAGAUGUACUUCAUCCAGCACGGCGUGGUGAACGUGAUUACCAAAGGAACGGUCGGCAUGAAACUUUCCGACGGCUCCUACUUCGGAGAGAUCUGUCUGCUGACGCGGGGCCGUCGUACGGCGAGCGUGCGAGCGGAAACUUACUGUCGCCUGUAUUCGCUCUCCGUGGACAAUUUUAAUGAGGUUUUGGAGGAGUAUCCCAUGAUGAGGAGGGCCUUUGAGACCGUAGCCAUUGACCGACUGGACCGCUUGGGUAAGAAAAAGAAUUCCAUCUUAAUGAACAAAGUGCAGCACGACUUAAACUCCGGCAUCCUAAACAACCGCGAGAACGAGAUGAUCCAAGAGAUCGUGAAGUACGACCGCGAGAUGGUGAAGCUGAUCGACCUGCAGCGCCCGCGCGCCAUGUCCAUGACGCCCUCCAUCCCUGGCGGGAUCUUUGCUCCGCCUGGUCAGUCGCAGAGCGGCAGCUCUGCUAUCGCUACUCUCCAGCAGGCGGUGGCUAUGAGCUUCUGCCCCCAGUUCGGUCCGAUGGUGGGUCCCAGCACCAUGCAGUCGCCCAGGAUGGUCCGACGAUUCCAGGUAGUGCAAAACCUUGCUAGCCCGGUGGCGGUUUCUCCACAGCAGUCUCAGCCAGGGCUCGGCGCGUUCGCCGCGGCCGCGGUCGCUAUGGCCAGUCCGCCGGUUCAAAGCCCGCUAGCGGCCGCGGGCGGACGAACUUUCCAGUACGGGAGCGGCCCGAUGGGUACACGCUCCGGUUCUCAGCUGUCACUCAUCCAACAGCACGUCCCUAGUCCAACACGGCCCAAGGGAACCCAACCGGUGCCCCAAACGGGCAGCCUGACCCAGGACGCCAGAGCUCUGUCGGCUUCCCAACCCUCCCUGCCACAAGAUGGCGCUCCGCCGGUGGCUCCCAGCCCGCCGCCGUCGACCCACGUCUCCUCGACGUCGAUCGGCCCACCCCAAGCACCCCAUUCUGCCAUCCCAGGGCCUUCCGGGGUCCGGAGCGCAGUGCCUCAGAGAAUGGCGCUGCCCCACCAGGCGUCCGCAGCCGCGGUUGGGAAUUACCCAUCCACGCCGCCCCCUACAGGCACUCCGCCCGCCGUAGCGGGACCGGACUCGGUUAUACGCAAGAAAGAUUCCAUAGUCAGCCUUCCCGAGACGGACUUCACAGCCAGAUCCCGGCUAUCGUCCAACCUCUGACGAGAACUCUGAGACUCUUUGCGAUACUUUUUGUGAGUCACGGUUUGUUCUUUUUGCUCGAGUCCCGCGCUCGUAGGGUGGCUUUUCAUAGGAACCAAAGGGAGGCCGUUCAGACAGACUUAAGGUACGGUCACAUUUACCGAAAUUUUGCGGGCGAAAUUACGUAGAAAUCCUCGCAAUCGCGAGUUUCGCACACACAUUUCAAGUUGGCCGCUUGAAUUCACUACGUUGACCAAUGAAGCUGCUUGGAUCGAGAGUUCUGUGCUUUAUACGUCGCUAUGCUGAUGACGAAUUUCGCUGAAAUAUCGCUAAUGUGACCUCACCUUUACCGCUAGUAGAUUUAAUGUCUCCGCUAUGAAUAGAUCGCUAGUGUAGCUAGUGCCGCCCCUGUACAGCUUCUGAUGCCUCUUAAUAUAUUUGUCUUUAUCGUCCCGAGUGAAAGGGAGAAAUCCUGUCGUGUGUUGCGUGGUGUUUUCCGUAGAGUUCAUACAAUGCAGUCGGGCGACUAGAAAAUCAGGGACACGCAAGAGAUGACAAUGACGAGAUUUGACGCUUCGCGAAAGUGUUUCCAUUCUUUCUGUAUAAGCUCUACUUGUAGCAAUCUAAUUACCUGUCUUUCACUUUGUUGUAAAAUAUCGAUACAAAAGAAAAAAAGUAUUAUGGACCGCUGGUCGAUCUUAUAUCUUAAUGUAAAUAAGGAGGUAAAAAAGGGAAAAAAUAAGUUACAAUAGAAAACACACAAAUUGUAUUUACUCUCAAACCAAAGUUGAGCUUGAACACAAGUUUUGGUUGUGUCUGUGUCAACUGAGAAAAACAAGUCAAACGAAAAGCGUCCUCUAUUUAACUGCCUUGAUUCCGAGUUUAGAAGCCAUAUACAUGGUCUGUGUGUGCGUGCGUGCGUAUUUGUGCACAUAUGCUUAUUAAUCGUUUCAUUUGUAGAAGUGUUUUAGCGAACGGGAGCGUAACGCUUGCGUUUUUACGCCGUUUCGUCAGGCGUGUCGAUAAAGGCAAUACUUCACUGCGUCGGGGUUGCACUGAGAGCUGAGACUUGAAUGCAAUGGGUCGUUUAAAUUAGCAGGCAAACCAAAAUAAUCAUGCUGUUUUUUGUGAUCCAUGUUGAUCUGCACAUGCAAUAUAAUUCUGCAAUAUUCUCUCGCCCUGCCUUUUAUAUGAAAGCUUCGUAUCGCAGCAUAAGCAAUUUAAUCAGCGUUAUUCGGAGAAUGUUCCAAACCUCGUCUUUCAAGGCACUGGAUAAGGUUGCGCAGCUUUCGCAGUAUGUUAUGAAAUGUGUCCUCGUUUUCUGAAGUUACAUGUAAUUUUUGGUCUCUUUAUGUUUGGGGGUCUACGGCGGUUGUGCGUUUCAGUGAUGGAAACAGGUUUUGUAAUGUGCUAUGGUUCUCUGUGUUGAUAUUUUUAUUACUACAGUCACAAUAAAUUGAAAAAGUCACAAUUUUGUCAAGGUCAAAGGUCGGAGAGGUGGGUUGCUCCAGUGUGGACCUUAAAAAAAUUGUAAUAUUUACCUAUAAAUGUAAUAAUAUGAAAUUCUAAAAAAGACAGACUAUUAUCUAUAUAAUGUAAUAUUAUUGUAAAAAUAUAAUAUCUUCUAUAUCUAUUUAUUUAUUCUAUAUUUUACAGUUAAACAGUGACAUUUUUAUAACUUUGCCUGUUGUGUUCAAAAUAGAUUCUGAUUUGCACAAAUUACUGAGUAUCUAAAACAUGCUGCAUAUUAAUGGCCUGUAAACGUAAUACACAGUUGUGCGUGGGCUCAGUUUGCAGGCCUGUGAGCGCUGGCUGAAUCGUUGAUUUGUUGAUUGCUUGCGAACUGAUGUGUAAACUAUUGGGUUGAUUUACGAACUUGUCUCUUUUCAAGAAUGUAGUUGUUUGUUUCAUUGUCAACUGCUGCAGAUUUUUCUCACUUGAACUUUGAAAACUGUAAAUAUGACGCUGUACAUUAUUUUAUGUGCGAACCCGGGCAGUAAAACAAGAAAAGCGAUUUUAGCAAAACAAACCAGAUUGGUGCAUAAUGGGUUUUGAAUGUAUGCCAAACGGCAUUAACGAUGUGACCUGAAUAUUAACAACUGCCAUGUAAAUAGAUCAGUAAUAUUUCAUGCAAAAUGGAAAAUUGUGUGUAUUUGCCGAUUAUUUGUAGCGAUCACGUCCUUAAGUCUAGAAUGCUUUUAUUUUUCUAAGUCUUGUUUCUCUAACGGUGAUCCAUCUGUGGAUUAUAGUAACACAAAGCACACUGUGUCCCAUUAGCGCCCUCUAUAGGACAGGUAUCAUCACAUUCCCCAGUUGCACUGGAUGAUUUUGAGAUUGUGUGAUUGAAACAGGCAGCUUAAUCAAUUAAAACAAACACAAACAAACAGAAGUUUAUUUACUGACAACGUCCAACAGUAUAUUGAUGACUAUUGGUUUUACAAUAUACCGUAAGCCUGCUUUUACGCUGCUGAUAUGCACAGAUCAGAUCAUGUUGCAUGCAUGUUUGUGCAAGGGCACAAACCCAAGCGAUCAUAUUUUUUCCAUCUGAUCUGGGUCACUUUCAAAUGUUGUUCUGAAUCUGAAAUGAACUUGUAUUCAAUCAUCACUUGGUGUUCUUAAAGCAAUAGUUCACCUAAAAAAUGAACAUUUGCUGACAAUGUAGAUGAUGUAGAUGAGUUUCUUCAUCAGAUUUGGAGAAAUGUAGAAUAGCAUCACUUGUUCACCAAUGGAUCAUCUACAGUGAAUGGGUGCCGUCAGAAUUAGAGUCUAAACAGCUGAUAAAAACAUCUCAAUAAUCCACAAGUAAUCCACUCUAGUUCAUCAAUUAAUGUCUUGUGAAGUAAAAAACUGAGUUUUGCAAGAAACAAAUCCAGCAUUUAUCCAUCAUUUUUUAACUAAUCUAACAUAAUGGUUUCUCCGAUUAAAAAGUCAUAUUUUCUGAAACAGGAGAGAAAUAUGCACAGAUCAAGCAACGUUUACAAGCAGAACAGCUCUAAACCAGUAUGUGUGUGUUAAUUUUGAUGACUUUUUUUUUCCACUGGAAGAAGCAUUAUUAUGGAUUAUAGACCAGAAGAAAUGAUAUUAAAGUUAAAAUGCCUUGAUAUUUUUUCCCAAUCACUGCAGAGGAUGCAUUUAUGAUAUAAUGCUAAAUUUCUCUGUUCCAAUGAAGAAACAAACUCAUCUUGGAUGGAUUGAGGGUGUGGACCUAUUUAUUUUUAUGUGAAUGUAAACAUGUCAGAUCUGUACAUUAGGCUUUGCGUUGUAAAAGCAGCAUAACACUGCAUCUACACUGGAAGCGGAUGAUGGCGUUUUGCAAAAAGCAGUUGGUAUAAAAUAAAGCAAUUAGCCCUAGAAAGCCAUGGUUUACAGUGAAUUUAUAACAGCUUAAGGGGUCUUGUUAGGCAACCCUCUUAGCCGUUAUAAAUUCACUGUAAACCACAGUUUUACAGGGUGUAUUGCUUUUAUAAAACGGUUAUUUCAUAUAUGUAGUAAGGUUUCACAAAAUAAAACAGAGCAACUAAAGUGUAAUGAUAUUAAUAAAAACAGUAUUCAUCCACCAAACAAUGUAGUUCCUCAGAAACAGUUGUGGUUGCAACAAAGUGGUUGCCAAGCAACACUCAGAGGUACACAAAAGUGUAUGUUUGUAGAGUAAUUUACAACAGCUUAGAACGCGGCUCAACCAAUCACAAUCAAGAACCGGAACUAUACAUUUUAUAAUGAACUUUUAAUGGAGCAUCACAAAUUGGCUUUGAAGUAAUUGUCAAACAUUUAACUCUGUAAAGCCUGCAUGUUAAAUAAUAGUCAGAAAAUGAAGUUUAUUAAACCUUUAUACAAAAUAUAAAAGAAAGUAUAAAAAGAUUAAUUCAUAUUUGAUACAUCAGGCUUAUAUAGUAUGAUAUAGUGAAAAUAUAUGGAGCUCAUACAACUUUAUUCAACAGCUCAAACUGAGCAAAAAUAUUCACUUUGGUGCAGAUGCUGAUAUGUAUGCAGCAAAAAUUAAUAUUAAAGCUAGUAAUGUAAAUCAGUGAGAUCUUUAUAACAUUGUAGCAGACUAUUUACAUACAUAAACUGCAUAUAAAUAUCAGUCAUCACUAUAUAUCUCUCAAUAAUAUGUCUUAGAUGAUAUUUAAAUGCUUAGUUUGAUGAUCAAAGAUGUGGCAUGCAAUACAAUGAUUGAGAGAUGAACAAACAGAUGUUCCUUAAAGGCCGAAUGAUCAUAUUUAUCAAUUUCUAAACAGAAUUGUAAAGAAUUAUUAAAAAAAAAAAAUCAAAAGAAGCUAAAAAAAGUCUAAACUAUCAGUCAGAAGGCAUGUAAUAGACUGUGUGCAACAGGUUUAUCAGCAGCUUUGCGAGGCCUUGUGUAUAAAAUAUGAUGUGGUAGGCUUUAUAGUGUUAAAUACAUAGGUUUACAUUACUAUUUAUGCAUUUGGCAGAUGUUUUCAUCCAAAGCAAGUUCAAAUAUACAUUUGAUCAGAUCUUGCAUUCUGGGAAUCAAACCCAUGAGCAACAGGAAUGCAAGAAAUUAAAUGAAUAAAAAAUGUUAUUUCUGACUGGAAAAACAAAUGGCCUGAAGAAGUCAUGCAGCACUGCAAAAAUAGAAACAGGGCAUUUGUCAGCUGAUAGCAUUGUAAAGAGCUCUGUUGAUUAUAAUAGCAGUGUUUUGGUUUUAAAAUUUAGCGGUGCGGCGCUCGCAUCCAGUGUAGAUGUGGUUUAAAGGCAUAAUUUCAAUCAAACCUAAAAAAGCCCCAAUAAAGCCAGCGAACUGAACCUCCACACACAUCUCCUGUAACAUAAGAGUCUGAUGAUAUUAAUCUGAGAAAGGAAGCUAGGAAAUAACCGAUGAAACUUUAUCACACGAUUGCAACGUAAUCUCUCUUCUUUGGUUUCUCAGUAAAGGCACAUUCUGUUUCCUGCGAAUAAACCUUUCAGUUCUGCUAGGGCUUUAUGUUCUUUCGCCCAAGGACACAAAGCGUGCUUUAAUUCGUCUCAAGCGUUGGUCGACAAGGAUGGGUAUGGCAGUGAAUGUAUGCGAAUAACCAGACCGUUUUAUUUACAUAUGUACACGCAUUUGCAUAUGUAAUGGUUUUAGCCCUAAUUACGCUGUUGUCUGAUUGUUCCAAUGGAGAUCGCAGCCAAAUGUCAGUAUUUUAGUAUCACUCCACUCCACGGCAGACUCAUAUAGUACCCGUUCACGCUCUCACCGCAGGCCUCGUCUGCCGUUAAGUCAUCUGUGUGGAAAACGUGACAGUUUUAUUCUGCUUUUCCGGUGCGGAAAGACUGGCAGAUGCGAGCGAGGCAAUCUUCCCUGCUAGCGCUUGAAGGACAGGCGGACAGAUUGACUGAACAUUCCUCCAUAUUUCCUGGCAUUAAAUGCAAAUCAGGGUACUUUAUGUUUCUGGUAUGAGAAGUGUUUUUUUUUUUUCACCCCGUCUGUCUGUUUCUUUUCAGUUUUGACAAUGUGCCCCAAUGCACAAUGUACUGUAAAUACCUAGUGCCUAGUAUAUCUAGUUUCCAAAUAGUCUAUUUUUAGUCGUAUGUGGCUCUACGAAAGACAAAAUGCAAAGUUUAUGUGUCUUUUCUUUUUUUGAAGGGAACGUUCACCCAGAAAAUGAUUUGCUUUGAGCAUCUUCACGCAGCUCUUUUUUAUACAAAGUUCAUUGUGAACAUGUUUAUCAAACAUCAAAAAGAAUAAAAAGUAAAACAUAAAAAGAGUCAUAUGCUGCAAAAAAAUAGUUGUUUUAAUAAUUACACAUUAUUAAAUCAAUAUAUGAAAAGUUCAUUUGCAAAAACAGAUAGCUCUGUUUUUAACAGUUUUUAAAAAUCAUAUUUUUUCAUUGUGCAUUCCCAUUAAUCUCAGUUAAACUGCACUUGUGUUAUUCUGAUUAAGUAAAAAAAAAAAAAAAAAAAAAAAAUACAGCUAACUAACACAAUAAAACACAAUAAAAACAUGAUAACGUAAUAAAAAACAUGAUUUUUGAAAAAUCUGUUUUUGCAAAUAAACUCUUUAUAUGAUUACUUAAGAAGCAAAAUGACUUAAUAUAUUAAGUCAACUUUUUUAUUUAAACAUUUAAAAAAUAACAAAUAUCUGAUAAUGGGGUAACAAAAAUAACAUAAAUAAACUUAAUUUAUAGUGAAAACAAGCCUAAUUUUUGUACCCCUCUGACACUUUUUCCCCUUGUUUCUGAGAAUAAACACUAUAUAUAUCUUCAAUUUUUAGACAUUUGUAUCGGAAAACGACGAAAGUAUUAUCAACAAAAGCAGUGUCAUUUAUUAUCAUUAAGAUCCUAUUCAAAUUUUAUUAAUAUUUUUAUUAGGUUUUAUUUUUAUCAUUUCUGUUUAGACUUUCAUUUUAGUUUGUUUUAAUAAUUUUAUUUUAUUUUAAUUAUUUUAUUUUAUUCAAGAAAAAAGUUUACUAUAUUCCAUAUCUUCUAAAGUCAUACAGAUUGAAAUUUAGGCUGUUAUUUACAAAUAAAUAAACUAUUUUCUGUCCUUUUUGGAGCUUGACAGAUAUUGAUCUCUGAACUGCUGCUGUAUGAAUAAACUGUGUGAAGAUCCUUCAAAAAUUCUCCUUUUGUUCUCCACACAAAAAAUAAGAA